GAGGAAGGUACAGUUCAAACUCAGAAACAUCUCUUCACAGAACAACCAACUGUCUCCUGACACUAUGGCCUGCUGUGCUACUAGCUUCUGUGGCUUUCCCACUUGCUCCACUGGUGGCACCUGUGGCUCUAACUGCUGUCAGCCCAGCUGCUCCCAGUCCAGCUGCUGCCAGCCCAGCUGCUCCCAGUCCAGCUGCUGCCAGCCCAGCUGCUCCCAGUCCAGCUGCUGCCAGCCCAGCUGCUCCCAGUCCAGCUGCUGCCAGCCCAGCUGCUGUCAGACCAGCUGUUGUGGAACUGGCGGUGGCCAGCAGGGUGGCAGUGGAGCCGUGAGCUGCCGCAUCAGAUGGUGCCGCCCAGACUGCCGCGUGGAGGGCACCUGCCUGCCCCCAUGCUGUGUGGUGAGCUGCACACCCCCAACCUGCUGCCAGCUGCACCAUGCCCAGGCCUCCUGCUGCCGUCCAUCCUACUGUGGACAGUCCUGCUGCCGCCCAGCCUGCUGCUGCCACUGCUGCCAGCCCAGCUGCUCCCAAUCCAGCUGCUGCCAGCCCAGCUGCUCUGAGCCCAGCUGUUAA